GCCCACUAGAUAACGACCGGAGCUCGCGCAGAAGAAGAGUCCAGGGAGCGGCGCGUGGAGCAGACAGUGUUCCUCGCGCCGGAGCCGGGGGGAGCUUGCGGAGGCCAUGGACCACAUCGGGAUACUGGGGGCGCAUUUGCAGCAGCACGCGCACGUGGAGCCCAUCAGCUUCGGCAUCGAUCAGAUCCUCAGUAACGUGGAGCAGAGCUGCAUGCUGGGAGCGAGGAUGCACGAGCCGGACUACGGACACCCAGCUUACAGCGGCGGCGCGAGCGGCUGCGGGAACGGCGGCGGCUUCGCGUGCGGUAACACCGGAUAUAGCGGCACCGGCAGCAGCUCGUGCGGGAUGGCUUCCCUUGGCGGGGCUUAUCACAUGAACAUGGGCGUGAAUGUGAACGGAACUAGUGUGAACGCCGCCGGGGUCAUCCGCGUCCCUGCACACCGGCCUCUGAACGGCGGGAACUCCUCCAUGCCGCCGAUGAGCGGGACCAUGAACAACCUGACCGCGCUCACCUUCCCCUGGAUGGAGAGCAACCGACGCUACACCAAAGACCGCUUCACAGUGUCCCUCUCACCCCUCACUGUAACACGUCGUGUAGGUCAUCCCUACCAGAACCGGACGCCUCCUAAGAAGAAGAAGCCUCGGACGUCCUUCACCCGCCUGCAGAUCUGUGAGCUGGAGAAACGGUUCCACCGGCAGAAGUACCUGGCGUCAGCUGAGCGGGCAGCUCUGGCCAAAGCCCUGAAGAUGACUGAUGCUCAGGUCAAAACCUGGUUCCAAAACAGACGCACCAAAUGGAGGCGGCAGACGGCGGAGGAGCGGGAGGCGGAGCGGCAGCAGGCCAAUCGGAUCCUCAUGCAGCUGCAGCAGGAGGCCUUCCAGAAGACCAUCAACCAGCCGGUGACCCCGGACCCGCUGUGCCUGCAGAACAGCUCUCUGUUCGCCCUGCAGAACCUGCAGCCCUGGACCGAGAACACCGCCAAGAUCAGCAGCGUGUCGGCCUGCGAGUAGAGCCAACACACGGCCUGCAGCUGGUACCUGCGCCGGUACCGAGCGACUGCUGGAGGGCAGAGACAGCGGCGGCGGCGGCAGCCCGCUGCGGGGCACCGUGCAGAGGUGGCCCCCGGUGCAGGACACGGUUUGAUAGAUGCUGGUUAUCAGGUCACCUCCCUGCUCUUAUUAUCACCCACUCUCUGUCAGACACACUCUGCUGCAGCUAACAGCUAACAUGCUUCUCAUGGGCUCACUCAGCACUACCCCAUCUAACGAGGGUGUCCACAGUCUGAUGUGGACCCUGCAGAGCCCUGGACUGAAACCUUGCUUCAGCCCUGCACAGAGCGGCCUGCUGGACUGAUACUCUGGGAUGAACAGUGCUCCUCAAAGGACCAGGACUGAGUUGUUGUAUUAUAGUUUCCCUAUAAGAGACUUGAUGUUUCAUAAACAGCAUAUUUUCAUAUUUGAUGUCUGCAUCAGUGUCUGUAUUUAUCUGCCAUGUUAAUGGACCUUUAACUGCAAAAUUACAGCACUUGUCUUAGCACCUUUGUACGAAUUUGAACAUAUUAUCCACCACAUGAGAAUGAAGAGGACAUCUGUGUGUUUGACCAUUUUAUAAUUUAGGCAUAAAGCCUCUGAUCAGAGGAGAAUUUAAUGGCACUUUGCAGCUACAUUUAACUUUUGACCACAGCUUAGCACAUUUCACAUUUCCUCAUCUCUUAUUUUUGUACCAAUGUCUUACAAACUGAAUCUCUCUCCUCUCUCUCUCUCUCUCUCUCUCUCUCUGCUGAAUGUGAGGCUGAGAUCAAACAAACUGACCAACCACAAACAGAGACCAGUCAUCAGUCCACAGGGCUUUUAUUAUCUUAUCUGACCUUUGUGUGUGUGUGUGUGUGUGUGUGUGUGUGUCUGUGUGUGUGUGUGUGUGUGUCUGUGUGUG